AUGGUGUACCUGGCCCACACGGUUCACUGGCAGUUCCUGGGCCUAGUGAUUGGUUGUGUAGGCUGGAUCCUGACCAUGGCCACCGCGGGCCACAACGAGUGGAGGCUGUGGUACGUAGAGGACGUCUCCGUGGUAACCUCUGGCGUGGCCUGGGUGGGCGUGUGGCGGGCGUGUUUCUACAGCCACACUCUACCCGACUCAGAGUUCUGCCAGCCAAUCGGCAUUGCCGACCCGUUUGUUCCCGUGGAGAUCUCUGUGGCACAGGUGGUCAUCAUGGUAGCAGUGAUCACUGGACUCUUGGGAAACAUCCUUGGUGCGUACUCAGUGAGGAACAUCUAUUUUGGUCAGAAGACUCAUGACUUUAUCAGACUGACGUUCUCAGGGGCCGGUGGGCUGUACGUCCUGACAGGGGUCAGCUUUCUGGUCCCUCUAGUCUGGAACGUGAAAUCUGUCCUGACUAAUCAGACCAUAGCAUUCCCCCCAGAGUUCCACCUCCCUCCUGCCCCCCUCAGACAGGAAGUGGGCGGAGCUAUCUGGAUGGGGGUCGGUGCUUCGAUCUUCCUUAUCUUCGGCGGUCUCCUAUUCCUCUGCUACAGGUAUGUUAUCAGGGCUAAGCCAGUCAGUGGAGAGAACGACAAGGACCCUCUACAUGGGCCACCCAUAAGACUAAAGUCUAUAUUAGAGAAUGGAGACAAGGAGACGAAAGACAACCCUGCCUUCCAGGCUGAGGAAGACCUUUAG